AAUACAUUUUUGAACGCAAGUUCAAAUGUCAAGUUGAACAGCUGUCAAGUUAAGUCAUUCAUCCCGUGCUGUCAAUUUUUUUCAAUAGGAUUUCAUAAAAAUAUAAUGAAAACAUAGAUAAAUUUAAACCAUUACACGCCGAAAGCAUGGCUCAAUUGCGCAAUUAGCAAAUAAACUAGAUGUGUAAUAGCGCGAUGUUAAUAACGGUUUAUAGGACUCGAAGUGUAUGUUAUUGAAUUUGUGUCAGUGAUUUUGGGAUAGAAAGUGAUCUGAGAGUAGGAGUGCAGUGCAAAGGGGGUAGGAGCGAUCAUGCACGAUGUUGGAGGGGCUGGUGGCAUGGGUCUUGAACAAUUACUUGGGGAAAUAUGUGGAGAAUCUCAAUACAGACCAGCUCAGUGUUGCGCUGCUCUCAGGGAAGGUGGAACUGGAGAACCUCCCCCUAAAGAAGGAUGCCCUCCGCCACCUUGGACUGCCGGUGGAAGUCCGAGCAGGCUUCAUCGGCAAGGUGCAACUGCAGGUUCCAGUGCGACAGAUCCGCUCUGCACCAUGGCUGAUUGCUAUCGAAAAGCUGUAUCUUGUUGCGGCACCUGUCAAUUUGGAUGAGUGGGACAGCGCAACCGAAGCGCAUUAUGCGCACGAGCGCAAGGUGGCGCUACUGGACGCGCUGGAAGCGCAAUGGCGCGCGGCGCAAGAAGCCAUGGCGGCAGACGCGUCGUACUACGCGGCGUCUUAUUCAUCGUGGCUUAGCUACGGCACUGGGUUCCUGGCCAAUAUCGUGGAGAACUUGCAGUUGAAGCUCAACGACGUCCACAUCCGCUACGAGGACGCCGUCACCUGUUCCCCCCACGCCUUCGCGUGCGGCCUCACCGCCGCCGCCCUCUCCGCUGAGUCCUGCGACGCGAGCUGGAAGCGCGGCUUUACAUUACUACCAACUACAGGCGACGGCUGUUCGUUCAAGUUGCUGGAGCUGCAGCGGUUGGCGGUGUACUGGGACGUCAUGCCGCCCAACGAGAUGAUGGCGGACUGCUCUAUGAGCGAGCUCACGGAACGCAUGUCACAAACCUGGCUCGGCAUCCACCAGUGGCUGCUGGCGCCGGCGACAGCGACGGCGCGGGUGCGCCGCGAGCGGACCGAGCAGCCGCUGCGCUCGCGCACGCGGCCCCGGCUCACCGCGCACCUCACGCUCGACACCGUGCUGCUCAACCUGACACAGAGGCAGUACAGCGAAGCGGUGGGCUGCUCCCUAGGCCUGGAACGCAUAGCGCGCCUGCGUGAGUUCCGCUCCCUCCGCCCCGCCGUCCCCGUGCGGCAGGGGGCGCGACUCUGGUGGCUGUACGCGCUCCGGUGCCACUACCCCGACCACACCUGGAUGGAGCCAGCGCCGACGUGGGGAUCCUGCUUAGCGCAAGCGCGAGCAGCGCGGCAAUACGUGGAAAUCUGUCUCAGUCUGCUAUCCAACCCCGCUGCCACACUACCGCCAGAUAAAAAGGCGGCGAAGGACGAGUUCGAGUGGAAGACCCCUCUGCAUUUACUGAAGCCGCUGAGAGAGAUCGCAAUGCGAAGAGUCCCCCUCGCAACGCCGGUGUCCACGCCCUCGCGGGCCGGCGCGCCCGGGCGCUCCAUGCUGGUGCAGUGGUUCCCGCAGUGGUGGGGCUGGUACGGCGCGCCGGAGCCCGGCGCCGCGCCGGCCGCCCCGCCGGCCGCCCCGCCAGAUUUGGAGGAGGAGAUAUUGGACGUGAUCGCGGACUCGCUGGAGAAUAACACCAUGUUGAAGAGGGACACCGUGUUUGGCAAGUUCGAGUUCGUGCUGAAUAAGGGGUGCUUGAAUUUGUGUAUGGAACCGGAGGUGGAAAACAAAGAGCCAUCAUCACCCGGUUCAGAAGCGGCCGUGGGGCUCGAGCUCCAAUUCAGCGCCGUCGCCGUCGGUCUAGAGUCCCGCGUGCGCGCCGGCUCCCACGCGCUCCACGUAUCUCUAGGCGGAGUGUCGCUGCGAGAACGCAUCACACCGGGGUCUCUGUUCCCCGUGCUGGUCGCGCCGGCACCGCUCGGUACGAGAAGCAGCGUCGGCCGACAGACGGAACAGGAGCCGCUCUUCCAACUGCUGUAUGAAAAGAGGCCGUUCGGAUUGAACGCGGAUUACAAGUUGUGGGUGAAGUCGGCGCCGCUGGAGGUGGUGUACUGCCUGGCGGCGGCGCGCUGGGCGCAGCAGUGGGCGGCCGAGCCGUGGGGGCACGGCGCCGGCGCCGCGCGGCCCUACGCGGCCGUGCGCGACCACACGCGCGCCAAGCUCAUCACGCAGUGGGAGCACAUGCUGCACCCCGGCGUGGGCGAGCGAAGAUCCUGGCAGGUGGAAUUAGACAUCUCAGCCCCUCAGAUAUUAUUCGUUGAAUCCCUGACUGAUCGAGAUUCGUCGGUGCUUGUAUUGGAUUUCGGUCGGCUUCGGCUGGCGAACGCAGACGCGAUUGACCAUGUGCCGGAUAGCGGUAGCGUGGAUGACGAGGAAAUGUUCAUGACCCCAUGUUCUACGCCGCCGGGCAGCCUACUGUCGCCCGGGUCGCCGCCCGAGCCUCCGGCGGUGACACCGGCACAGCCUGGAUUACUAGCCAUGCGUCUACACAAUCGAUUGUACGAUAGAUAUACGAUAGAGUUCAGCGACCUCCAGAUCUUGGUGGGGCGCGCGCGGGACAACUGGAAAUACGCGCACGCAAAGACUACGUCGUCGCUGCAUCUGCUGGACAGGUUUAGCAUAUCGCUUCAAGCGGAGCGGCGUGUGGUCCAUACAACGGACCCUCAAUACCCGACGGCCACCCUCUGUGGCACCCUGCCCGCAUUGGUGGUGCAUCUCAGUGAACAGAAGGUGUUUGCUGUGAGGUCCGUCAUCGCGAGCUCACCACUGUUUGCCACUGAUGCGUCCCGCACUGACAAAGCCGAAGGCGCAGGCGCCGAUGAACCCGACGGUGUAUCUGAGAGCAGCGAGAGUUCCGACACGGAACCUUCGUCGCACUCCUCGCACAAACAUGCUACGCUCUUCAUGGUGCAGUUUGCCAUCGACCAGAUGUCGCUCGAGGUGCAAUCUCGCGGCCGCAGCAUCGCCGAGGUCCAAGUAUGUGGGGUCAAAGCAACAGCCACGGCGCGACCUUCAGAGCUGGCGCUGGCGCUAUCCGUACAUUCGCUGCUGCUGGUGGACGCGCUGCAGACUUACGGGCCAGACUUCGAGCUGCUGGUCGCCAGCCACAAGCACGUGGGGAUGGACACGGCAUCGGGCAGCAUCCGCGGCUCGGAGCCCACGUCGCCCACGUCACCAUCGUCGCCUGACGCACGAGCGCCGCCGCCGCAUGCGCUGCAGGCCGCGCUUUAUUCACUUACCGGCAGGAAUCCCGCGGAAGCAGACCGCACCAGCCCUGGCCCGACCUGGCCCAACACCAGCUGGAACACUAGCUACAACACCGCGUGGGGUUCCACCAGCAACUGGAACUCCAGCAACUCGCAGCCUUGGAACAAUACUGGAACAAGUAACUGGAGCGGGAACUGGGGCGGCGCGGUGGACUCCGAGGCGCUGAUAGCGGUGGAGCUGACGCUGGUGAAGGGGGAGAAUGGCUCCGAGGACUUGAGGAUAGCGAAUAUAUUGUUCAACAAUUUGGAUAUCAUUGCGAACCAGGAAACUAUAGUGGAGUUGAUCGGCUUUACGCAGCGGGUGUUUGGCAGCAGUGGGGCGAAGAAACCUGAGCCCGCGGAGCCCCCCAAGCCUACGCCCUCCACUGAAGAUGAAGUCAAGGAGGUGCGAACAGAAAUCACGUUCGACUUCCACCGCCUGGGCGUGCUGCUGCUGCGGGCGGCGGUACAUGAUGGCGCCGUGGUCGCCAAGAAGAUCGCCACGGCCACCGUCAGCGAGGCGCGCAUACAGGCCACCGUCGAUGCGUCCCGCGUGGAAGUAGACGGGUCGCUCGGCGGCGUGCAGGUGGUGUCGCUGUGCGAGGGCGCGGGGCUGCACACGCGCGUGCUGAGCGCCGGCCGCGCGCCCGCGCCCGCAGCCAUGCCCGACCAGCGCGCGCUGCUAUUUACUAUUACGCGACGGGUCACGGCAGACGGUGAGGCUACAACAGGUGUGGAAGCCUCAGUAGCCCUCCAUGUCGCCAGCGUGUGGGUGACGCACUCCAGUGCCUUACUCCGAGAGCUCCGCUCCUGCCUCACGGAGUUCAAGCAGUACCUCGCUAACCUGGCUCGCUCGAUCCGCGCCGCCGCCCACGACAUGGCCGUGGGACUCGUGGCCAGGGGUGACACGCUUUAUGCAAACCCGAAGAUUUCAACGUCAAUGGAGGGUGUAUCGCCGCGGCGUCGCACCACGAGUGUAGGGUACUCUAUUGACGAGCCUGCCGAGGAAAUCAAUCUCACAGUAAACAUCGAACUGGAAUCGCCAGUGGUGGUGGUACCCCGUUCAGCGUUAUCGCCGCAAGUAUUUGUGGCCCACCUCGGCCGCAUGAGCCUCGCCAACCGGCCGCGCGGGCACCGAGCCGCCUACCGCGUGCGCGUCACCGACAUCUCGCUCGCGUCCGUGGACGUGAGCUCCAAACUGAAGCAGACGACGCUGAGCGCCGAAAGCAUGCCGUCCAUCUACGACGCCAGCGGCGGCAAGCCUGUCUUACACAACACGGCGCUACAGCUAGCCGUGCAUUAUGGGCACCUCGAGCCGAACGCUGAGCCACAGUGCGAAGUGACUGGUCAUGUGGUGGGCGGUCUCCACGUCUCGGCGCGUCGCGAACAAUACGAGCAGCUGUUGGACACUAUAAGAUAUCUCAGCGCCGCCGACGAGCAUGCACCCGCGCCUAUGCCGACCCAACAGUACCAUCAGGAGUCGAUGUCGGUACGCGAGAUGGAGCCGGCAGUGCCGACGCUGCGGCUGGACCCCGCGCUGCGCGCCGCCGUGCUCGCCGUGCCGCCCCCGCGCGCCGCGCCGCAGCCCCCCCACCCGCGCGCGCAGCACGUGCCGCUCUCAGGUACACACACACACACACACAGCCCCCCCACCCGCGCGCGCAGCACGUGCCGCUCUCAGGUACACACACACACACACACACACACACAGGUAGAGAUGGAGCCGGCAGUGCCGACGCUGCGGCUGGACCCCGCGCUGCGCGCCGCCGUGCUCGCCGUGCCGCCCCCGCGCGCCGCGUCGCAGCCCCCCCACCCGCGCGCGCAGCACGUGCCGCUCUCAGAGAUGGAGCCGGCAGUGCCGACGCUGCGGCUGGACCCCGCGCUGCGCGCCGCCGUGCUCGCCGUGCCGCCCCCGCGCGCCGCGUCGCAGCCCCCCCACCCGCGCGCGCAGCACGUAGAGAUGGAGCCGGCAGUGCCGACACUGCGGCUGGACCCCGCGCUGCGCGCCGCCGUGCUCGCCGUGCCGCCCCCGCGCGCCGCGUCGCAGCCCCCCCACCCGCGCGCGCAGCACGUAGAGAUGGAGCCGGCAGUGCCGACGCUGCGGCUGGACCCCGCGCUGCGCGCCGCCGUGCUCGCCGUGCCGCCCCCGCGCGCCGCGCCGCAGCCCCCCCACCCGCGCGCGCAGCACGUGCCGCUCUCAGUGCAUUUUGAGCUGUCAUCAUUCACGGUGGAGCUGCGUGCCGACCUCGGCCGCGGCGAGCGUAGUUUAGUACAACUGGCGUUCCGAGAGUUCGCCGUGCGCCUGCGACGACCACGCCCGCACGAAUCAGACCUACACGUAUCUCUCCACUCUGUAACAAUGGAGGACUUGACACAAGAUCCGGAAUCCAAGCACCGCAUGCUGCUGGUGUCGCACGCGCCGCACGUGCCCGCCAAGGCCGUGUUCGUGUCCAAGUCGUGCCCCGACUUCGGCCGCGCGCCGCGCGCCGCGCGCACCGUGUCGCUGCCGAGCGGCCUCAAUGUAGACAGAGAGUAUCACCGCAGCAAACGUGACAGUAAAUGCGGCCCGACCCCGCCCUGCUCGCCGGAGCUCGGCGUCACAGUUGAGACGGAGACAGCGGACGCUGAAGCGGAGGCGGACGCGGAAGAGGGCGCCGGCGACGGGCUUGUCAACGUGACCGUGCGGAUACGAGACCCGCAGCAUCAGAACUUUCACGAUCUGUAUAAUCGAGUAUCUCGCCAUACUCGAGUCCGCUUCAACUGCCUAAAGUUAGUAGUCAGCAUCGAUAGUUGGGUAGCGGUGUUGGACUUCUUUGGAGUGGCCGGGGAAGACGCGGACGAAAUAUCGGAGCCUCAGCCUAGUGCAGAAACCAGCGUAUCCCCAUCCGAACAAUCACCCGAAGAAGGCACAACGCAAACCGAAAUGUCCAUUCGCUCUCUAAGCGUGGUCUUAGUCGGCGCGCGCGGGGAAGUGUGCUCAGCGCGCGCUCUCCGGCUCCGCGCUAACGCGCAAGCGCACGCUUCCGCGCACACGCGGUCGUUACGCGUAGCUGUGGGCGGGUUGCACUUGGCGGAUUUGACGCCACGUGCGCCGCUGUGGAGGGAUAGACUGAGGACGCAUGGAGAUAAAGCCCUCGAAAUACUGUAUACGAGACUCAGCGCCACAGAAGCGGCGGAGGCCGGCUACGAAACGUCCCUCACCGUCGCCCUCGGUCCAGCCACAUACGUCCACACAAAACGCUUCAUACACGAGCUAUACGCGUUCGCGCACGACUUCAGACAGCUGCGGCGCGUCAUCGUGCAAGCGAGACAGAAGGUGUCAGUAUCAGUGGGCGUGUCACCAACAAGCCGUCAACGUCUGUCCGUGCGCUGCCUGUCCCCUGUCAUAGUGCUACCCGUGUCCGGCCGAAGCCGCGGCGCUCUCCGCGCCGAGCUGACGGAGCUCACCAUAGACAACUGCUUUAGGAAGGCGGGGGAUGCUGACACUGUCAGCACGAGGACAGACCCUGACGCUGGUUACUACGAGCUACUGGACGUGCGCACGAUCCGGCUGGAGCAGCUGAGCGUGUGGUGCGCGCGCGGCGGGCGCGGGCUGCGCGUGCGCCGCGCCGGCGCGCCGCUGCUGCCCGCGCCCGCGCGCCUGCUGCUGCAGGUGGAGCGCAACCUCGGCGACACGCACAACGUACCGGACAUGACGGUGCAAGGCACGCUGGCCACUCUACAAUGCGCGUUAGACCCGGCGCAGUACCGGCUGGUACGCGGCGUGUUAGCACACAACCUGGGCGAGUGUGUGGCCGACCUGCCCCCGCACGUGCCACUCCCAGCCACGACGGCGCCGCACCAUGAACAGGUGUGGACAACAUCAUCCAUCAAACUGGACCUCCUCGAUGUUACUGUGGAACUGGAGCCGGAGCAUGGCGUCUCCUCGCUGGCUUGCAUCAACUUCAUCAAGUCCCGUCUGCUGCUCGAGACCUACUCCGACCUGAGCCAGGAUAUCGACCUGGUUUCGCAGGAGAUUCUCGUGAGCGACACGCGCUACGUGAACGAGCCUGCCAACAGGCGAGGGAACGUGUUCACGCACAUCGUGCAGCCCAUGGCGGACCAUCGGCACAGCGUGCAGGCAGAAGUUCACGCGAGAAAACGCGGCGAUUCUUCGGCGUACACGAUAUUAGUUAACAACAUGCGGCUGAUGGCCAUUUUGGAUUGGUGGGAAGCGGCGAACCAGUUCAUCAUGCAACUACCAUUGCCGCCCUGCGACCCUGACCAGCAGCAUUUGGAAGAGGCUCUGUCCGCAUCGCUAGGACAGAUGGGCGCAGUCUCAGCCGGAGCAGGCCACGACGGGCAAGUGGAACUCAAGCUGAACGUCACCGACUCGCAGCUCGUACUGGUUGAGGACGCCUCCAUAUGGGACACCAACGCUGUGAUACUCAAGAGUACGACGGUGAUCACAUACCGCGUCGCAGACGCAGCGAAGCCAGUAUCUUGCGAGCUGAAUGAGCUAGAAGUGUUCUCGUGUGUGCUAGGGCUGGAGGAAGAGACCGCGCUGGCCAUCGUCGACCCCGCCGCGGUCACGGUCGCGCUGCACAAGGACCGCUCGCUACACAUAUCAACGGGCACGUUGAACCUGCGAUUGUCGUACCACGACAUGCGCAUGUUCGCGUCGAUGAUACAGUCGCUACCCGCGCAAGUCCGCGCUGCACUCUCAGGCAAAACAGAAGAGGAAACAGUAGAUGCAGACGCACCGGCGAACAGUUUACACAUGCGGGCCGGGGCGCGCCUGCUGCCGCCGCGCUGGCUGCCGCUGCGCGCGCCGCCGCCGCAGCCCUCCGCGGUGUGGCCUCUGCGGGCCGUGCAGGUGACCGCUGAGUGCGUGACGCUCUGUGUGAUCGACGACUGUCUGGACUCGGACGUGCCGCUACUGGAGGUCUCUUUAGCUGACCUUAACGUGGAACAAGACCUGCGUAAGGUUGAAGAGUCAUUUUCGGACCCCGUGCUGGUGUCUACUCCGUGCGCGAGCUCCGGGGCCCCGGGCGCUACCGGCGCGGGCGCGGGCCGGCUGGGCGGCGCGCUGAGCGUGCACUACUAUAACCGCAUGCUGUCCGGCUGGGAGCCCGCCAUCGAGCCCUGGAGAUUCGAGACAUCAUGGGAGUACACGCUAACAAGCGGACUGGCGCUGGGCCGGCUGGCGGUGUCCGUGCGCUCGACGGAGGUGCUCAACACGAACAUCACGUCGUCGCUGGUGGAGCUGACGCAGCUGGUGCGCGCCAACUGGACCGCCGAUUACUACACGCAGCCGGUAUCCCUGGAUGCAUCGCCGAAAGGCAGCCCGGCGGGGCAUCGGCGGCGUUCACCGUUCGUGCCCUACGCUCUACGGAACCACACUGGGCAUAAGCUAUGGUUUACUACGCUACUAACUACCUGUGAUGUGUUGACGGAGACGACGGGGUGGAGCGGGCCGGACGACUCGUGGGUGGCGGUGCGCGGCGGCGACACGGAGCCGUUCUCGUUCGGCGCGCGGCGCGGGCGCGGCGCGCGCGCCGGCCCCGCCGUGCUGCACCAGCUGGCGCUGCGGCUCGACGCCUGGGGCCCGCCGGAUCCUGUGUGUGUGGACCGAGUCGGGGUGUUCUUCAGAACUCUCACUCAUUCGAAAACGGGCGCAGAAGCCCGGCUCGUGCUGGAAGUGUCGCUAGAAGGCUCGGCGCGCAAGCUGGUGACGGUGCGCUCGGCGCUCACGCUGCUCAACCGGCUGACUGUACCUGUUGAUGUUCGGCUGGAACCCGCUCCUGGUCAAUGGUCGGGCGGCAGCGGGCGCUGGACGUCGGUGGCCGCCGGCGGGCUGUGGGCCGCGCCGCUGUCGCCGCAGCCCGGGGGCGUGGCGGCGCGGCCCGCGCUGCGCGGCGCCUGCCCGCCCGCGCCUGCGCACGUGGACUGGCGCGUGCACGAGCGGUCGCUGCUGCACGUGGAGUGCCGCGCGCCGCCGCUUGACGUUUACAGAUUCUGCUGCGUGGUAGUCCGCGAGCGUUUCCCGCCGACCCGCGACCCGAACGCGGCCGGGCACGCCCUAACCCUCGUGCCAGCUCUCCGACUAGAGAACCUGCUACCGCUGGAGCUGCAGUUCAGAUGUUCAGGGUUGGAUGUGCAGAACGUUAGUGGUGCGUUGCCGCCCGCCGUCACGCGGCCCUUCCACGAGGUAAACGUUGAAGAAGGCGUAGAGCUUAGCGUGAAGAUAGAAGGCUUCGGUUGGUCUUCGACCCUGUCCGUGGGGGGCGCGGGAGGAAACUCCUUUACAGCGCGCCUCAAGCUUAAAGACUCGUGGGGCAGACGGUUGUACCUCAACGCAAGAGUCGCUGUCAAACCUACAGAUGGAAUCAAGAUAUCGAUCAGCGCAGCGUACUGGCUGGUGAACCGGACCGGGCUGCCGCUGGUGUUCCGCGCGGAGGGCGCGACGGCGCCGGCGGCGGGGCAGGGCGACGAGCACGAGGUGGCGCGCAUGGUGGCGCCGCUGCUGUUCGCCUUCGCGGAGGCCGACGGCGGCCCCACCGUCACCGCGCGGCUCGGCACCGGCGUCGCGCUCAACCAGGAGUGGUGUUCCCCAUUCGGGCUCGGCCCCGGCACGGCGGUGAAGAAGCUGACGGCCGGCGACAAGGUGUACGCCGUGGGCGUGUCCGUGCGCGCCGGCCGCGGCCGCUACCGGCACACCAACAUAGCCACACUCACACCGAGAUACCAGCUGCAUAACAACACGCCCUACCAUCUACAGUUCGCGCAGAAGUGCACCGCGACUACGUUGAACGACCCGGGUGCGCUGGCGACGCACGUGUCGGCGGUGGCGGGCUGCUACCUGCCGUGGCACUGGGCGCGCUGGGAGCGCGCGCAGCUGCUGUGCGUGCGCGUGCUGGGCGCCGGCGCCGCGCCGCGCACCGCCUGGUCGGGCGGCCUGCGCGUCGACUCCACGCGCGCCGUGCACAUCGCCUGCAGGGAAAACACCGGUGGUGGCGGCUACGUGUUCCUACGAGUAGAGGUAGUAGCACAGGGCGCUACUCUGUUCGUAGUACUGACGCACGCCGACAGCGCGCCGCCGCCUCUCCGGGUCGACAACCACUCGCCCGUCGCCAUCAUGUUCCACCAGGUGGGAUGUGGAGAAGAAUGCGUGGUGGGCGCUCACGGCUCCGUCCAAUGGGCUUUACCAGAACCCGAGGGACAAUCCGCCUUAGCGCUCCGAGCGCCGGGCGGCCCGCGGGCGACCUUGCCCCUUGACGCACUUGGCACGAAUGUCAUCCUGGCGUAUCAGAACUUUAUAUACGUGGCUUUCGAUAAGAGUGGUUCGUCGAAUGAUGAUUCUAUUCUAGUCUUGGAAGUGCCGUUGAACUCUACGCGAGUGAUUCUUGCACGGAAACGAUAUGGUGACAGAGGCCAAUUGUGGCGGCGCGGUCCCAACGACCAGCUGAUCCACGAAGGCAGCUCGCCACCGCAACCUACAGAUGCGUUGCUAACGGAUGAACCCACCUUAUCGCCACACGCAAUGGUGCUGGACAUAGAGGGCCCGGCACCGCGUCCGGGCCGCGCCGCGCCGCUCGUGCUGCGCCGCGCCGACCCGCGCCGCGCCUCCACGCAGGCGUGGCGGCUGGUCGGCGGCCGCAUGGCGUGCGCGCACGCCAACCUGUGCGUGCAGCCUGACGGCGGCCUUAUGGCGCUCACACAGGGGAGCCGAGUGGUGUUAGGUCUGCCGGACUCCUCCCGCGGACGAGUACCGUUACCACCGGAACAAGCGGUGGCGUGGCACACCCUGCGGCCCGGCUCGGGCCGGCUGUCCGUGGCGCUCUCGUGCGCCGGACCCACGCGCAUCGUCAGCAUCAGGGACCCGCAGGACCCGGAGUCCGGUUGGAUCGAGGGCGUGGAGACGGACUCUGAGGCUGAGGAGCCGCCGCGCCGCGAGUGGGAGGUGCAGGUCGCGCUGGCGGGCCUGUCGGUGUCGCUGAUAGCGCGGUCGCCGGCGCAGGAGCUCGUGCACGCGCUGCUGAGCGGCGUGCUGCUGCGCGUCGCCGCCGCGCGCGCCGCCGUGCUCGCGCUCUCCGUGCAGGACAUGCAGUGGGACAACCAGCUGCUGGGCACGCCGAGCCCCGUCCUGCUGUACUGCCUGCCCGGCACGCCCGGCUCGGCCGGCUCGGCCGGCACGCCGGCGCUGCACGCGGCCGCCGAGCUCAUGCAGGCGCCGGCGCGCCGGUAUAACGCGCUCUUCUUCAAGCACCUAGUAGUCGCUUUGCGGCCGCUCGCCAUCCGACUGGAGGAGAGACUGAUCCUGAAGCUAUGGUGGUGGGCGGCGCCGCCGGACGACGAGGCGCGCGAGGAGAUCGACGAGGCCGACUACGAGACUCGGCGCAUGCUCGACGAAGUGACCGCGCUGCACGCCAGGCGGUACUACUUCGCGCUCAUCAAGAUCAUACCGAGCCAGAUCCGCUUAUCCAUGACAACGGCGAGCAAGUUGGAGCGCGAGCUCGGCGCACUCAAACGUCGGCUCGGACUCACGAUGAUCAAGUUCGAGGAUGCGUGCGUGGAGCUCGAGCCGUUUGCGCGCGCGCAUGUCUUCGAGCCGGCGCCGUAUCUGGCACGGCAGAUGCUCAAGCAUUUCAAAGAUGAACUAAAAUGGCAAGCAGCGAAGAUCCUCGGUUCCGUGGAUUUCCUGGGCAAUCCGCUGGGCUUCGUGGCGGAUGUCUCGGAGGGCGUAUCCGGACUUAUAUACGAGGGCAACGUCGGGGCUUUACUCAAGAAUGUGACCCACGGCAUCUCUAACUCGGCCGCGAAAGUCACUGAAUCCUUGGGCGAUGGUCUAGAACGAGUAGUAGGUGAUGAAGCACACGAAGAGACGCGCCGUCGCAUCCGAAGUUCUGCCGCUGGUGCUCAUCUCUCUGCAGGCCUGCGCGGACUCGGACUCGGGAUACUCGGUGGCAUGACAUCUCUAGUGAAGCACAGCUACGAAGGCGCCGCAGCGGAAGGCCUGCCGGGGCUGCUGGCCGGCGUGGGCAAGGGGCUCGUGGGCACCGUCACCAAGCCGGUCAUCGGCGUGCUGGACCUCGCCGCCGAGACCGCCUCCGCGCUCCGGGACUCCGCGCGCCGCGCCGACAAGUGGGUGCCAAGUCGAGCGCGCGAGCCGCGCUGCGCGGCCGGCCCGGGCGGCCUGCUCCCUCGCUACGACGCGUCGCAAGCGGCCGGCGCGGCGCUCCUCCACCGACUGACCACAGACCCGGCCGAGGGUUUCCUCGCUUAUCGUGUGGUCCGCGACACGCCGCAUGACAUACGAGCGUUACUGUCGACCACGCAUCUACGGAUAUUCACGUGCAAGCACACGCAGCCGCAGAUCGUCAUGGAGACGCACCUCAGUAACCUGGUAUCGUGCGCGGCGGUGACCAUCGGCGGCGCGCACUUCGUGGAGCUGGGCGUGCGCGGCGGCGGCGGCGGCGGCGGCGAGGCGCUGCGCCGCCCGCGCGUGCAGUGCGACUCGGCGGCGCUGGCCGCCUGGCUCGCCAGCCACGCCGCCUACGCGCGCCGCCUGCACACCGAGGCCAAGCACACGCUGCCGCCCGACCAGCCCUGUCUAACCUAACACGAUCACACAGACUCGACAUAAUGACGACGACGACGACUUUAAUGUUUUAUGAACAAAAUAAUGGACUGACACCAUAAAAGCUAGUAUUUACGCGAAAUAAAACGUAAAAUACUCCUUUCAAUAAAAGAGGGACUCGUCGUUACGAUAGAAACGACAUUACUGUUUUUUAAAUUACUUACGUGCGCGAAAUAUUGACUGACAUCAUUAUUACCUACUACUAGCUAAACUUGACAAGCCUUAAACACAACCUAAAUAUCAUGAAAUACGAAUACAUGACGAUGACGACGAUGCCCUACGCUGACACUUGCACCUUUUAUUUCACGUAAUCGAAACGUGUCAAGUGUAACUUUUUGAUACUUGUUUUUGAGAGAAAUAUAAAAAAUUAAAUGACUACUUUGAAAGAUAGAUUUGAUUUUAAUAUACAGGGUCAUUUUUGGACCGUUAGCCGUAUUGUGCGAGGUGAUUAGGUAGGCCAUACUGAACACCUUUUUCUAUGGGACCAACUCCGAAAUCACAAAUUUUUUUUGGCCGUUUCAUACAUUUUGGUCGAGUGGAUGUCGACAUUUUCUAUGGGGAGGCAAAUUUUUUUUUGAUAUCGGGGUUGGCCCCAUAGAAAAAGUUGUUCAGUAUGACCUACCUAAUCACCUCGCACAAUAUGGCUAACGGUUCAAAAAUGACACUGUAUAAACGACAUUAAUGUUUCAUUAAAUAUAUUACCUACACGCUCGAAAAACGACUGACACCAUUUUACGUAUUAUCUCACUUAUCCAUAUUGACCUUAAAUCCCUUUAUAAGCGACUUGGCGAAAACUGUAAGCUUAUUUUGUAUCAAGACAAAACGUCUGUAUUGACGCUACUGCCAUCACAACUCACAUCUAUACAACGAGACAUCACAGACCUAUUAGAUUAUAACCUAGGCUAAAAUCAAUCUUAUAGAUCAUAUUUAGACAUAAAGGCUAAAACUCUGUGGCACACCCAAAGCAUGAAAGCGAACUGCCGAUCCAAUGUAUGCCGAUGUGGGAACGUCGUUCAAUAUCGAUAGAGCCGUGUGCUGCAGUGGGCUUAAAACGUAGAACCCAGUAUGUAUUUUAGAAUGAGGGAUUGUAUUUUUUAUGAGAUGCAGCCACUAAAUGCUCAAAAGUGCAUGAGUGCGUCGUAAUGUAAAAAUCCGCGGUAUAUUCGUGCGUUGCAGUAUGACGCAUUUGUGAGGAUCCUUACAUUACAACGCAAACUUACUCAGUGUGCAGCGAUAUUUAAUGCAAAUUGCAAAUAAUGCAUUUCCCCUGAAGAAUACAGAAAGAAUAAUGAAUAAUACAGUUUAUCAAAUGUAUUAAUAUCAAACAUUUAUGUAAGUAACUAGAUGGGUAUGUUUAAAUAUAGAUAAAUUAAUACUAUAACGCGUAAAGUAAAAAACUGAAACCACUGACAUCUGUAGUAGAUGGCGCCCUUGUUGUAAUUGGUUUCUCAAACGUGUUUUAGUAUUUUUUGUCUAUUUUUAAAAUUGGAGUGGACCUAGUGCCUACCUUUAUGUAAAUUGUUAAUAUACUUUAGUGCCUAUAGGGAACUAGAUUAUAGACCUUUGUAUUAUAUUUGUAUUUACUGAUAUAUCGAUGUGAUAGGAUAGCUGAUUAUUGAACAAUGUCGUGACAUGUUAAGUAGUAGGGUAAAAUCAUGCCUGGCCCUUUAAAGUAGGUACUGGUUUUCGUAGGAAAGACUCCACUUUUGCUUUAAAAACAAAGAAUACAGGCAUUACGACAUUAGUGACUAAACCCUAUAAGUUUUUGUUUUCCAUUUCGUAUCGAAAUGCAUUUUUGACGUUUUGACGUUGACGUUUCAGGUUCGACUCGAGAAUGUCAGGAGGUGACGUUAUACGUAUGGUUAACAUGUGGAUAUAGUUUUGAUAUCACAACUGAUUUAACGACAUGUCCUUUUGCAAAGCUUGACGUUUCGGCAUUGACAUAGCUACUUAUAAUAAAACUAGCCAUAUGGUAGCGACAUCUCAUGUCAGUUUUUCGAGUCAAAUAGGGACCCUGUUGAUAUGUUAGUACUAGGUGGAACAUGUAUUACAAAAUGUAGAUAUCUCAGUUACAACUGUACAGCUUUGAUUCACGAAAACGAUGCGUGAUUUCAUUGUAUAAAAGUGUGUAUGUCGUGUUGUGAAAUGAUAGUGUUAAAAAAAAAUGGUAAAUCGGCAUUUUCGAGACAAGAAAAAAAUGUUCUGACUCUAAGGGCUGAUUUAGACGGCGUGUGAACUCGCAUGCGAGUUUCAUUACGUUGCGGUUUUUGAUCGGUUAGUUGAAUUGGACGUAACCAACAGUCCGCAAUGUAACUAAAUUCGAAUGCGAGCUAGCACGCCGUCUAAUACCGUUCGAGAAAUGGGCCCCUGAUGUGAAUUCUUUGCGGAUGAGUGACGUAAUUGUUCGAAUAUUUUGAAUAAAGAAAGAAUUAUAUUUUGUGUAGGCGUGAAAGGAAAGAUGGUAAUGAGUAGAUUUUUGGUUGCAUGUCAACUAUGAGACGGUAUUUCAUAGACAAAGAAAUACUUAGCGCCACUUGCAUCAUCCCACUAACCCGGGGUUAAGCGGUUAAACCGUUAACCCGGUGGCAAAUUGUACUGGCAACCAUUAUAACUCCAGGUUUAACCGGUUGACCCCGGGUUAGUGAAUGGUGCAAGGGGCCCUUAGACGGGUAAACUAGUGCACAAUAUUAUAUUUGCAAAAUUGACAUCUGAAGUAGAUGACACUGUAUAGACAACAUUCGAUAAUCCAGUUACACUAAGGACGCUAAGCACGAAAAAUCUCGUACAUAGACCCGCCAUUUCCAUCUCUAUCGCACGCGCAUAAUUAUAUUUCUUUCCCGCAAAUGCUGCCAUCGGUCAAUGCCAAUGUGCGAGGGGGACAGCAAUAUAAGAAAUGGCGUGUCAAUGUACGAAAUUCUUCGUGUUCAGCGUUCUUAUUUUGCCAUAAAACAAAUGGCGUUGUACAGAGAUAUAUAUUUCAGCUCUCAAAAUUGAAGCUGCAAUAUUUUGUACUAUUUUACAUGUCAUAAUAAUUCUUUAUCCGUGGUUGGAGUAUAAAGCGAAAAGCUUUAGGCUGUGAUAAACAAUGACUAACGCUCAUUUAUUUUUCGUUUAUGUUUCGUUUUGUUGACCCGACGGAGGCAGUGCUUCAUAUUUUCUACUUUACUAGGUACUUCCUAAUUAGUUAUUGACUUUCUUCUCGACUUUAUGUGCCUCUAGGGUGUAAUAUGAUCACAAAAUGUAGCUAUGGAGCUAUGCUUUCUGUGGAAUGGACAAAAUAAGUAUGUCAAUUUUAUUUAGCUCACAAUCAUAAUUAUUAACCAGUGAGACUUUUAAGUGACCCUCGGUGAACCUUAAUGUCUUUGCCAUAAGGUUUACGACUUGUCAGUUAACAGUGUGGACUAUGCCCAUUUACGUAAAGCUUCGAAAUAUUAAAAAGUACUAAAACGGCUUCAUAGUAUUUAAUAAUAUUUCUCUUUAUUUAUUUUCCAAUUACGGUAAUAACCUUGUACCUACGUAUAGUUUUUAGCAAUACUUGUUAUGGUUGUCUGAAAUGGUAAAAAAUAACGAAAAUACUAAAGGUACAUUGUGUUGUAAUCUGUAUCAUGUAAUAAUGUAUAGGUAUCAGCAUCCAGAGUUGAGGUUACACAUACACAUACGACAACAAGACUAUCAUAUAAUGCCAUUUUAAAAGUGUUCUUUUCAUAUCGAUAUAAAGUACACAGCCAACUGCAGGAUACGCCAAAAAGUGUAUUUAAUGUAUUUAGUUUAAAAUAUCACAUUUCGUUAAAAAAAAUUACCUUUUUUUUGUAAUGAUUACUUUAUGCAGCAGUGUGUGUAUAACCUUAACUCAUUUGCUUUUAAUUAUCUAAAUAAAAACGGACUUAAUUUUCUUCAUUUUCGGUUCCAAGCGCGUUCUUGUGUCUGUAUGGUUUUCCUAGUCUUAGCGGCAGAGGGUAUUUAUUUACUUCUUAUAUUUUUAAGUAGGUAUAUUGUUAAUUUUAACGCUUGUUCGCACCGAAGGAACUGAUAUUUCCUACACACAUACGAUCCAAUAAAAUAUAACUGAGUGAUCAUGUAAUUAUGUCAUAAAAUUAUGUAUUAUAAUCAAAUCGAUAGAAAUAUUUGUUGACAACUAAUAAUAUGAAAAAACAUUAUUAAUCCCCAAAGAUUCCAUUUAUGAACUGUGCGAAAGUUUGCGGGCUGACAGAUUUUUUUUUGUGAAACAUGUUCCUGAAGAGGUUAGCGAAUGCGUUGUGAUAGAUUUAUUGUAUGGUCGCAGAAAUGUGUUCUACCCGAGGGCUCUAGGCGCUUUUUAGGUGCGUCAAAAAACCUCUAUAACUUGAAAAUCCACGAAUGUCUUGAAUCAUUCGCAUGUUAAUUCGCGAGUGUAGUCGCAUAUUUAAACGUAUGUACCAGCUCCUUUUGUGCGAACCUACAGUUCGAACACGAUAAAAUGGUGUUCACUUCCUCGAGCUUCGUGCUCGAACUGUAAACCUACCUCGUUGCCAAAGUUUGGUUCAGCCGCUGGUUGUUUGCAUCGUACACGCUUAUUUAUUGAAUGGUUGUAAGUUUAUUUAUAAGUUGAUAACAAUAAACUCUAUCCUUGAACAAAA